CAAAAGAGUGUAGAGGGGCACGCAGGCGGGCAGACGACGGGCUCAAAAUCUGCCGCACCAAUGCGCUUUGUUCGGUGAUUGUUGAAACUUUAACGUUGUCGAUUGUUGCUGCUGCUGUUGUUGUUGUUGUGAUUAUAUGAUAUGAUGAUGAUGGACUUCUCGGUUUUUGUCACGGCGUAUAUAAAUUCUCCAACGCCUCUCUAAACCCUCCCCACCCACAAACUCUGCCUCUUGUUUUCUAUUUACUGCUCUCCGUCUCUCCUUCCUUCCUGUAAUCACCAAUCUCAAUCGCCGCCAGUCUCUAACUUCCACCGCUUUGUAAUUUUUUUUAUUUUUUUAUCUUGGAAUUCACCGCCCUGCAGUUACAUUCUCAAGUCUAAGUUUGCCCUUUUUUUAGCUUUCGGUCUUUUGGAGUAGAGAGAAGGAACGGGAGAGAGAAGCUUUGGCGGUGGUUCAUUUAUACUUAUUGUUGAAAUUGGGGUUGGGAUUUUGCGAUGGAUUGUAGUUGAAUUUUUGGCUACUUGUCUGUUUUUCUAUUGGGGUUGAAUCGUUUCGAUCAUUGGGAGGAUUGUUUGUAUUUCGUUAAAUUGUGGAAGGUUUGAGAGGGAGAGAUCCCUUUUUGUCAAGAAUUGUAGUUUGUCUUUGUUUAGGUUUAUUUCUCAGGUGUUUCUUCGAUUCAACUUGAGUGGAAGCGAGGAUUUUGUUUUUCAGAAAAGAAGAAUCAAGAUUGUAUCUCAGAAAGAAAUUAUCCAUUUGAAUGAAAUGGCCAAUAACCCCCAAUCCACAGGCAUGCUGCCUCAUAUGAUUAGUCAUGUAGGUCCUCCAAAUCCUAUUCCAUCUAUGACGAUGCAAUACCGUCCUGCAAUUCCACCACCUUCGCAGACAUUUCCGGUACAUUCUCAGCAAUUUCAGCCUGGUGGACCUGUAAAUAUGGGAAGGCCUCCUCCCCCUCAGUAUGCCCCAGCAGGGACACCUCUGCCUCCUCCACCACCACCUCCAAGAUCCAGUCUUGCAGGACAUGCACUGGCCCAAGGAUUACCAUCCCAACAGACAGAUGUUCCACCCAAUAGACCCAUGAUUCCUGCACCAGCACAGUCUCAUAUUUCCAGCAGUUUCAUGCCAAGUUUUGGUGGUCCUAUAAAUCCUAAUAUGCCGUACAAUUUGUCAUCUGGUGGCCAGCAACAAGUGAAUGUUGUCUCUGCUGUUCAGCAUCCAGCAAUGCCCCUUACCGAUGCUCCCAAUUUCUCUGCCGGAGGUCAGCCUUGGAUUCCCCAUCCCAGUCAGAAAAUACAACCUGUGUUGCCUACGCAGCCAUUUGGAGAACAAAACGCUGCUGGACCUUCAUGGUUCUCAACUAUGGCCUCAACUGCAAAGCCUGUUACCCCUUUGAAGCCACAUGGGGAGCAAAAUCCUGGGCCGCAACAUUGGAUUCCAAGUGGGAAUCAAAAUGUUCAUUCUGGCACACCGGUGCAAACUGAGGAACAAAGUAGUGGUGUGUUAAAAGAGAAGAGUGUAAAACCUGAUGCAGCAAAAACCAGACGAUCAGAAUGGAUAGAGCACACUUCUCGGGAAGGCAAUAAAUAUUAUUACAGCAAAAGGACAGGGAUUUCUUCUUGGGAGAAGCCUCUAGAAUUGAUGACACCAAUCGAGAGGGCUGAUGCAACCACAGACUGGAGAGAAGUCACUACACGUGACGGGAUAAGAUUUUAUUAUAAUAAGGUCACAAACACAUCAAAAUGGGUUUUGCCAGAAGAAGUCAAGUUGGCUCGUGAGCGAGCAAGUGUGCUUUCAUAUGAGGGAGCAUCGACCAUGAAGGAUGUAACUUCUUGUUUUACCCCUGCUGUAUCUGUUUCUGGAGCAGAGUCAUUGACUCCCAAUGCAAGUAAUUUACCUUCCUUGGUGACUCAAGAAAUGGCACCAAGCCCACAUUUAGCAUCAUCUGCUGCUAAUCUGGAAACUGUGGUGGUGCCUGGGUCAUCAAGCAUGCAAGAGGAACCUGCUGAGAAAAAAUCAGACAACACAGGGAAACAUACUCCAGUGGAAAUUGCCUCAUCAAUGGCUGUAUCAGACAUACCUGUGCCUGUUGCUGUGACCACUGCCAUGACUCCACCACUGAGAACCUCCACUACACCACCUCAGGAUGCUGCUGCCGGAUCUGCUGUAAAAUCUUCUACUGGAGGUGCAGAGGAAACCACUAAAAGUGUGGGAAAUCCAGGAUAUGGAGACAUCCGCACACCAGAAGGCGGCAUCAGUUCUGCCGAAGGGAAAAAGGUAGGUCAUGGACCAGUUUAUGAGACUAAAGAGGAAGCGAAAAAAGCGUUCAAGGCCCUUCUGGAAUCGGUAAAUGUUGGAUCUGACUGGAAUUGGGACCAGGCCAUGAGAUUGAUAAUAAAUGACCGAAGAUAUGGUGCACUGAGAACACUUGGGGAGAGAAAGCAGGCUUUCAACGAGUUUUUGGGGCAGAAAAAGAAACGAGAAGCUGAAGAGAAGCGUGCGAGACAGAGAAAGGCAAGGGAAGAUUUUAAGAAUAUGUUACAAGAAUCUAAAGAUUUGACACCAUCAACUAGAUGGAGCAAAGCCGUAGCAAUGUUUGAAAAGGACACUCGUUUUCUAGCUGUUGAACGAGCUAGAGAUCGAGAGGACCUCUUUGAAGACUACAUGGAAGAGCUUGUGAGAAAGGAACGAGCAAAGGCCAUGGAGGAACACAAGCGUCACAGAGUAGAAUAUUUGGAAUUUUUAAAAUCUUGUGAUUUCAUUAAGGCUAGUAGCCAAUGGCGAAAAGUUCAACACCGCUUGGAAGCUGAUGAGAGAUGCGCACGCCUUGAGAAAAUAGAACGCCUAGAAAUUUUCCAAGAAUACGUUCGAGAUCUAGAGCUGGAAGAAGAGGAACAGAGAAAAUUGCGAAUGGAGGAACAGAGAAAAACAGAGCGUAAAAAUCGGGAUGAAUUUCGGAAAUUGAUGGAGGAACAUGUUGCCAGUGGGAUUCUCUCUGCAAACUCACAUUGGCGAGACUAUUGCAUGAAGGUUAAAGAUGAACCACCAUAUCUGGCUGUAUCUUCCAACACCUCAGGGUCCACUGCAAAAGACCUUUUUGAUGAUGUCAUAGACGAUCUUGAGAAAAAGUAUUUUGAUGAUAAGGAGAAAGUAGAAGAAGCCAUGAAGAUUGAAAAGAUAUCUUUGUCGAGUAUGUGGGCAUUUGAAGACUUCAAGGGUGCGCUAGCCAGAGAGAUCGACUCAAAAUCAGUUUCAGAUGUCAACUUAAAGUUUAUAUUUGACGAGUUGAUGAUCAUCGUCAAGGAGAGAGAGGAAAAAGAAUCUAAGAAGCGCAAGCGUCUGACUGAAGACGUCUAUGAGUUCCUGUUUAAUUCGAAGGAAGUAACAUCUUCAUCUAAAUGGGAGGACUGCAAACCACUUGUUGAAGAAAGGUUUAUUGGCGAAGAUAGCUUUUUUAAAGAAAUAUUCGACACAGUUAUUCUCGAUCUUAAAGAGAAGGCUAAAGAAAAAGAGCGCAAACGAAAAGAGGAGAAGGCUAAGAAGGAAAAGGAGCGCAAGGAUAAGGAGAGGAGGGAAAAGGAUAAGGACCGUAGACGAGGAUAUGGAAGGAGGAAAAAUAAAAACAGACACAAGAUAGACGAAACAGACAGCAACGGAUCAGAAUCCGAGCCACAUAGUAUGGAAGGAAGCAAAAGGUCGAGGGACCGGAGCAAGAAAUUCAAAAAACGUCCGUUGACUUCUUACGAUGAUUCAAGCUUCGAUGACGAUGAGAAAGACCAUUCCUUUUCUAGAUAUCGGAGGCAGGCUACAGAAUCUAAAAGGCCUAAGCAGACAUGGUGGUCCGGAGACGCUGAUUUUGAAGGACAAAGCAAGAGGCACAGGAAGAGUUAUUACUACCAUGAUCAUGAGGAGCGCCACAAUGCCAAUGAGAAUGAGGAUGGAGAGGUUCGCUAGCGGCAUUUUGUAAAAAGUCGAUGACGGUCAGAUUCACUUCCUUUCGACUCUGAAUUAUUACCCCGGGAAAUAUCUUUUUUUUUUAUUUAUUUUCUAAACUUGAUCGCUCAUAAUCUCAAGAAACUUAAAAGGGGACAUUUUUCAGUCAGGAUAAAUACCAUAAAUCUUGCCAUCGGCGCACUA